AUGGGGUGCUGGGGUCGGAACCGGGGCCGGCUGCUGUGCAUGCUGAUGCUGACCUUCAUGUUCAUGGUGCUGGAGGUGGUGGUGAGCCGGGUGACCUCGUCCCUGGCGAUGCUCUCCGACUCCUUCCACAUGCUGUCGGACGUGCUGGCGCUGGUGGUGGCGCUGGUGGCUGAGCGCUUCGCCCGGCGGACCCACGCCACCCAGAAGAACACGUUCGGCUGGAUCCGGGCCGAAGUGAUGGGGGCUCUGGUGAACGCCAUCUUCCUGACCGGCCUCUGCUUCGCCAUCCUGCUGGAGGCCAUCGAGCGCUUCAUCGAACCGCACGAGAUGCAGCAGCCGCUGGUGGUCCUCGGGGUCGGCGUGGCCGGGCUGCUGGUCAACGUGAUGGGGCUCUGCCUCUUCCACCAUCACAGCGGCUUCGGCAACGAUUCCGGCCACGGCCACUCGCACGGGGGUCACGGCCACCCCAAGGGGGCCCGCGGCAAGAGCAACCGCACCGGGAGCAGCGACAACAGCGUGACCCCAGGCGAGCAGAGGCCCGAGCAGGAGGAGACCAACACCCUAGUGUCCAAUAGCAGCAGCUCCAACGGGCUGAAACUGGACCGGCCAGAUCCAGAAAAGUCCAGAAAUGAUGCAGUGGAAGUACAAGUGAAUGGGAAUCUUAUCAGAGAAACUGACCAUAUGGAAUUGGAAGAUGAUAAUAAGGCUGGACAACUUAACAUGCGUGGAGUUUUCCUGCAUGUCUUUGGAGAUGCUUUGGGUUCAGUGAUUGUAGUAGUAAAUGCCUUGGUCUUUUACUUUUCUUGGAAGGGUUGUCCUAAAGGGGAGUUUUGUGUGAAUCCAUGUAUCCCUGACCCCUGCAAAGCAUUUGUAGAAAUAAUUAAUAGUACUCAUGCAACAGUUUAUGAAGCUGGUCCUUGCUGGGUGCUAUAUUUAGAUCCAACUCUUUGCAUUGUAAUGGUUUGUAUACUUCUUUACACAACUUAUCCGUUACUUAAGGAAUCUGCUCUUAUUCUUCUACAAACUGUUCCUAAACAAAUUGAUAUCAAAAAUUUGAUAAAAGAACUUCGAGAUGUUGAAGGAGUUGAGGAAGUUCAUGAAUUACAUGUUUGGCAACUGGCUGGAAGCAGAAUCAUUGCCACUGCUCACAUAAAAUGUGAAGACCCGACAUCAUACAUGCAGGUGGCCAAAAUCAUUAAGGACGUUUUUCAUAAUCACGGAAUUCACGCUACUACCAUCCAGCCUGAAUUUGCUAGUGUAGGCUCUAAAUCAAGUGUAGUCCCAUGUGAACUUGCCUGCAGAACUCAGUGUGCUUUGAAGCAAUGUUGUGGGACCCGGCCACAAGCCCCUUCUGGAAAGGAUGCAGAAAAGGCCCCGACAGUUAGCAUUUCCUGUUUAGAACUUAGCGACAAUCUAGAGAAGAAGCCCAAGAGGACUAAAGCUGAAAGCAUCCCUGCUGUUGUGAUAGAGAUUAAAAAAAUGCCAAACAAACAACCUGAAUCAUCUUUGUGA